AUGAAUGAAACGACGAAAUUUAAUAUUUCGCCUUCAUUUGGUAGGUAUAAGAAACCUAAAAUGAAUUACUCAGAUAGCUCAAGACAGAACCUAGAUUACACAAUUGACAGCAAGCGCGAGGAUAAUUCAGUAAUAUCAGGUUUUGAGCAACAACAUGGAGUCGUCUACAAUGAUGGCAUUAUUGGCCAGCCAUCGAAUCAAUCGCAAGGUUUGUUAGAGGCUUUGGAAGCAACAUCGUCUACAGUGCUACCCACCAACCACAUCAUCCCCCAAGUGUCAAGAGACCAACACCAACACCAACACCAAUACCGACCACAACGCGUCCCACAACUACUGAGCCAACUCGAGCAAGAGAUAGUUCCAGCAAGUAACCAACCAAGAGAUUUCGAACUUCCAACCCAAUCCUCUCAAAACUCAACAAGUUCCAACCAUAACCAAUUACAGCGUUUCUCUACACAGUCAUCACUCAAGCCAAGGAGAACGAGGAAAAACAAACCAGGCAAGAAGUUUGGUGCUAAGAAGAGGUCGUGGGUAUGGUCCUGGUUCAAGCAAGACAACAGAAACCCCAAUCUUGCCGUAUGCAAUAAAUGUAUGCGAGUUAUUAUACGGGUAACUUCAGAUAAAGGAUCGCCUAAAAAGUUAAUAGAACAUUUAAAGACUCACCGGAUUACUGCUGGACAUAGGACUACUCCAAUAGGAGAAAACAUUGGUGCGGACCACGGCCAGCGCUCUGGGGAAGAUGAGCAGGCACGAGGUACGAGCUACUAUGUCCGAACAAGUAACUUGGAAAGACAAUGUUCUCAAACUGAGAGAGGCAAUGCUUUAAGCAGUGGAUUUGCCGGACCAUACACCCCACCAUUUAUUUCCCACGUGUAUUCAAAAAGACUGUUUCAACACCAUUUGUUGGCAUUCCUUCUUGAAAAUAAACUACCUGUAAACAUUAUCAGAUCUGAAUCAUUUCAGAAAGCUAUAGGAGACUUGAGGCCAGGAGCCUUUGCUGAUUUACAAGAACUAAUAUAUUUUUACGACUCUUGUAUGCAAGUGAGCCAGUUUGAAACCGAUACACAAGUAUUCGCAAGUGCCGAGGAGAGCGCGAUAUUGUCACUACUAGCUAACACCCUACAAUGA